AUGGAGGACGAGUGGACGAUCGAUGCCAAUGAGGCGCUCACCAUGUCGCUCGUGCGACCUACCUCUUCAGGAAUCGAAAAGAUCGCUUCUUUCAAACCGAGACACAGUUACGCCGUCUUUGGCGAGGAGGAGCGCAUAUUUGGACACAAGGGCUUAAAGAUCGAUUUGCAAUUUGAUGCGAGGGACCUACGACCGAAUCUCACAGUAUCCUCAGCGAAAAAGUUCAUUAAGGUUGGCGACGUCGAGGCUGCUGAUGUUAAGCUUACUAUGAAGGGAUAUUUGCCUGGAGUCGCAUACCAAUCAAGGAAAGAAUACGACCAGGCUGUGAAAAGUCUUCCCGAUACAUGGACCCCCCCUGGAACCCUUACCAAGACUUUGGAGAAGAAUGGCGAAAUCUACGAAAUCUGGCAGGGGACUUUAUCGCAACCCGAGAUUCGCCAGCUAGUCAAGCGCAUCCAAAUUACCGUUCUAUUCUAUAUCGAAGGUGGAUCUUAUGUAGGUGUAGAUGAGGAGGGAAACGAUGAGCCGGAAUAUUCUCUGGCUAGAUGGACCGUCUUCUUCGUUUAUAAGAAGACACCCAGCCCUAAAGCCGAUGGUAAUCCCCAGUAUACGUUCCAGGGUUAUGCAACAACCUACAACUUCUGGAUGUUUCAACAACCCACGCCGCCGUCUUCGCCGGGCAAUGGGAAAGUAGAUGAUUCGUGGGAGCUUCUCAAAGAUGACUUUCCUUUUGCGGACUUCGCUCAUCGCAUUAGAAUUUCGCAGUUCUUGAUCCUUCCCCCUUUCCAUGGGAAAGGCAUUGGUGCGUUCCUCUACAACACCAUGUUUGAAAUAGCAACGAAUACCGCUGCGACGAAAGAGGUGACGGUAGAGGAUCCUAACGAGGAUUUUGAUCUACUACGAGAUUUAUGUGAUAUGAAAUAUCUGCGCAAGAAUGUGCCCGAAUUUGCCAACUUAACAGUUAACACCGACGUACCAGUCCCCGCAAAGGGUGGUAUAUUGCGCAACAACACACAGAUAACUCCUUCUGUUCGCGAAACUUCGUCAAUUGGUGGAAUUAUUGACAUUGUAAAGCUGGAGGAUCUUCGAAUUAAGACCAAAAUUGCACCCCGCCAAUUUUGGCGUCUCGUUGAAAUGCAUCUCAUGUCGAAAUUGCCCGAUUCUGUCAGACCUCAAGCAGAUGACGAAACUAAUAAACCGUUCCCGUCAAAAACUGACAAGCAUGCCUAUACGCUGUGGCGCUUACUUCUCAAGCAACGUCUAUAUCGACGUAACGUCUCUAUCCUGGGCGAAUUCGAGAUCACGGAGCGCAUUAUCAAGUUGAAUGAAACUGUGGACAAUGUCGAAUGGGAAUAUGCUAGAAUUCUCGCCCGGCUUGAGUCGACACCGCCUGUUACCGCCAGCGAGCCUGUGGCUACUAAUGGUAAAAGGAGACUCACCGGUGGCCCCAGUACAGAGAACCUUCCUAGUAAGAAGGCUCGUGUCGAGGAAGCAGAGGAAGAAUAG